UCGGCGCGGAAGGCAAGGCGAGGAGUCGCCUGGCCUGUGACAAGCACAAGGCAGGGAGCCACAGAAAAGGGAGACUGAAUUGCUACUUAGUCCGAGAGAGGUGGCUCACCCCUGUAAUCCCAGCACUUUGGGAGGCCAAGGCAGGCGAAUCACUUGAGGUCAGGAGUUCAAGACUAGCCUGACCAACAUGGUGAAGCCCCGUCUCUAUUAAAAAUACAAAAAUUAGCCGGGCGUGGCGGGCCGCGCCUGUAGUCCCAGGUAUUCCGGAAGCUGAGGCGGGAGGACCACUUGAACCCAGGAGGCGGAGGUUGCGGUGAGCCCAGAUCGUGCCACUGCACUUCAGCCUGGGCGACAGAGUGAGACUCCGUCUCAAAAAUAUAAAUAAAUAAAAAAUAAAUAAAAGAACUACUACUUAGUAGCCAAGGAUUGUUACGGCGCGGGGACGGGGGAUACAGCGGUUGUUAAGGGGGUCCUUGAGGGCAGGACCAUUUUAGGUGCAGGAUAAGGGAGCAGGGCUCUCUUUUUCUCUCCUUUUCUUUUUAAAAUUUUUACUUUAUUUAUUUAUUUAUUUAUUUAUUUAUUUUGACAGCUCUUGCUCUGUCGCUGAGGCUGGAGUGCAGUGGCGCGAUCUCAGCUCACUGCAGCCUGUGCCUCCCGGGCUCAAGUGAUCCUCUUGCCUUAGCCUCCCGAGUAGCUGGGACUACAAACGCCCGCCACCACCCCGGCUAAUGUUUGUAUUUUUUGUAGUGAGGGAUUUCGCCAUGUUGCCCAGGCUGGUCUCGAUCCUCCAGCCUCGGCCUCCCAGAGUACUGAGAUUACAGGCGGGAGCGCCCGGCCCCUAGGACUAUUUUUUGAUAAUUGGACUCGACCCUCCUCACCCACUCCUUCCUUAGCCAAAUCUACUGAGAAACGACUUUGAGGUGGACUCCCCCCUCCACCCCUCCGUGGGCAAACUCCUGCCGGACUGUAAGACCUUGGCCGCCCUCUCGCCUGGCCUGGGUUCCCUCGAAUGAAUGUACAUCCGCCAACUGCGCGCCCCCUCCCACCGCAGCCCGGCGCGGGGCCCCAGGAUCGCAGGACCGCGGCGGCCGCAGGGAGCCACCAUGUUCAGCCAGCAGCAGCAGCAGCAGCUCCAGCAACAGCAGCAGCAGCUCCAGCAGUUACAGCAGCAGCAGCUCCAGCAGCAGCAAUUGCAGCAGCAGCAGUUACUGCAGCUCCAGCAGCUGCUCCAGCAAUCCCCACCACAGGCCUCGUUGCCCAUGGCUGUCAGCCGGGGGCUCCCCCCGCAGCAGCCACAGCAGCCGCUUCUGAAUCUCCAGGGCACCAACUCAGCCUCCCUCCUCAACGGCUCCAUGCUGCAGAGAGCUUUGCUUUUACAGCAGUUGCAAGGACUGGACCAGUUUGCAAUGCCACCAGCCACGUAUGACACUGCCGGUCUCACCAUGCCCACGGCAACACUGGGUAACCUCCGAGGCUACGGCAUGGCAUCCCCAGGCCUCGCAGCCCCUAGCCUGACAGCCCCCAGCCUCACACCCCCUCAACUGGCCACUCCAAAUUUGCAACAGUUUUUUCCCCAGGCCACUCGCCAGUCCUUGCUGGGACCUCCUCCUGUUGGGGUCCCCAUGAACCCUUCCCAGUUCAACCUUUCGGGACGGAACCCCCAGAAACAGGCCCGGACCUCCUCCUCUACUACCCCCAAUCGAAAGGAUUCUUCUUCUCAGACAAUGCCUGUGGAAGACAAGUCAGACCCCCCAGAGGGGUCUGAGGAAGCCGCAGAGCCCCGGAUGGACACACCAGAAGACCAAGAUUUACCGCCCUGCCCAGAGGACAUCGCCAAGGAAAAACGCAUUCCAGCACCUGAGCCUGAGCCUUGUGAGGUGUCCGAGCUGCCAGCAAAGAGAUUGAGGAGCUCAGAAGAGCCCACAGAGAAGGAACCUCCAGGGCAGCUACAGGCGAAGGCCCAGCCACAGGCCCGGAUGACAGUACCGAAACAGACACAGACACCAGACCUGCUGCCUGAGCCCCUGGAAGCCCAAGUGCUGCCACGAUUCCAGCCACGGGUCCUACAGGUCCAGGCCCAGGUGCAGUCACAGACUCAGCCGAGGAUACCACCGACAGACACCCAGGUGCAGCCAAAGCUGCAGAAGCAGGCACAAACACAGACCUCGCCAGAGCACUUAGUGCUGCAACAGAAGCAGGUGCAGCCACAGCUGCAGCAGGAGGCAGAGCCACAGAAGCAGGUGCAGCCACAGGUACAGCCACAGGCACAUUCACAGCCCCCAAGGCAGGUGCAGCUGCAGCAGGAGGCAGAGCCGCUGAAGCGGCUGCAGCCCCAGGCACAUUCACAGCCCCCAAGGCAGGUGCAGCUGCAGCUGCAGAAGCAGGCCCAGACACAGACAUAUCCACAGGUCCACACACAAGCACAGCCAAGGGUCCAGCCACAGGAGCAGCCUCCAGCACAGGUGUCAGUACAGCCACCAGAGCAGACCCAUGAGCAGCCUCAGACCCAGCCACAGGUGUCGCUGGCUCCAGAGCAAACACCGGUUGUGGUUCAUGUCUGCGGGCUGGAGAUGCUACCUGAUGCAGUAGAAGCCGGUGGAGGCAUGGAAAAGACCUUGCCAGAGCCUGUGGGCACCCAAGUCAGCAUGGAAGAGAUUCAGAAGGAGUCGGCCUGUGGCCUAGAUGUGGGCGAAUGUGAAAACAGAGCGAGAGAGAUGCCAGGGGUAUGGGGUGCCGGGGGCUCCCUGAAGGUCACCAUUCUGCAGAGCAGUGACAGCCGGGCCUUUAGCACUGUACCCCUGACACCUGUCCCCCGCCCCAGUGACUCCGCCUCCUCCACCCCUGCGGCUACCAGCACUCCCUCUAAGCAGGCCCUCCAGUUCUUCUGCUACAUCUGCAAGGCCAGCUGCUCCAGCCAGCAGGAGUUCCAGGACCACAUGUCGGAGCCUCAGCACCAGCAGCGGCUAGGGGACAUCCAGCACAUGAGCCAAGCCUGCCUCCUGUCCCUGCUGCCGGUGCCCCGGGACAUCCUGGAGACAGCGGAUGAGGAGCCUCCACCAAGGCGCUGGUGCAACACCUGCCAACUCUACUACAUGGGGGACCUGAUCCAACACCGCAGGACACAGGACCACAAGAUUGCCAAACAAUCCUUGCGACCCUUCUGCACUGUUUGCAACCGCUACUUCAAAACCCCUCGCAAGUUUGUGGAGCACGUGAAGUCCCAGGGGCAUAAGGACAAAGCCAAGGAGCUGAAGUCGCUUGAGAAAGAGAUUGCUGGCCAAGAUGAGGACCACUUCAUUACAGUGGAUGCUGUGGGUUGCUUCGAGGGUGAUGAAGAAGAGGAAGAGGAUGAUGAGGAUGAAGAAGAGAUCGAGAUGAGGUCCAGAGAUAUAUCCAGAGAGGAGUGGAAGGGCUCGGAGACCUACAGCCCCAAUACUGCAUAUGGUGUGGACUUCCUGGUGCCCGUGAUGGGCUACGUCUGCCGCAUCUGCCACAAGUUCUAUCACAGCAACUCAGGGGCACAGCUCUCCCACUGCAAGUCCCUGGGCCACUUUGAGAACCUGCAGAAAUACAAGGCGGCCAAGAACCCCAGCCCCACCGCCCGACCUGUGAGCCGCCGGUGCGCAAUCAACGCCCGGAACGCUUUGACAGCCCUGUUCACCUCCAGCGGCCGCCCACCCUCCCAGCCCAACACCCAGGACAAAACACCCAGCAAGGUGACGGCUCGGCCCUCCCAGCCCCCACUACCUCGGCGCUCAACCCGCCUCAAAACCUGAUAGAGGGACCUCCCUGUCCCUGGCCUGCCUGGGUCCAGAUCUGCUAAUGCUUUUUAGGAGUCUGCCUGGAAACUUUGACAUGGUUCAUGUUUUUACUCAAAAUCCAAUAAAACAAGGUAGUUUGGC